UCAGAUCUUGAAGGCGCAAUCCCCAGCGUUGGAGAAGCUUUGCCGGCGGCAUCCCCCGACCCUGGACGAAGAGACGCCGAGUCAGGGAGAGAGAGAAGAGAGGGAGCGCCCGAAAGAGAAGGGGGUCUUAGGGUUUCUCCAUCUUCUCAGAUUCUCUGUCCCUCUUCUUCCAAGCUCGCCGUAGUUCCAAAGCGGGAUCGCGCGGCAGCGAAAGUUGAUCGCUUCGGUGCGAGGAAGAGGACUCGAUUCCAGAACGAACCCCGAGUUUGAGCUCGAUAGCAUUUUCGAUCCCACGGGUCCGGAUCAAAACGCUCUCUCCUUCUCCUGAAUCGAAGGAUCAAAGUCAGGAUAGAAAAUCUUGCAUGAGAUGGCUGCUUCUGCGAAAACUCUUACCCUUGAAAAUUGUUCCUUGAACGGAGAAUGGACUGUUGUUGGACGACGGCGAGGUAAACAAAGAAGACAUGUCCCGAGGAUCAAACUGCCGGAAGUAAGAGAAGCAUGGACUCCAGCAGAUGUCAGCAUUGAUACUGAAAGAGUCUCAAAAUUGCUGCAGAAGCUGGAGAUAUGUAUGAAUAGGAUGGAGACCUCUCAGUUCUACCGGUGUUUUGUGGAACAAAUUGAAAAUUCAGAAACUUUUAAUUGCUUUCGCUGGGUUUUGGGCUCUGAAUCGGAGAUGCAGGUGGUUGUUUAUGGUAUCGGCAGCAUCGACUCAUAUGAAACCCCACGGUUGCAGCUGAGCCUCUUAUUAUUGAUGAAGAGAAAGUUCAGUUGGAUGGGAGGCAUAGAAGUUUUUGAUCCCAUACUUUCUGGAACAGAAUCUCGAGUGUUACAAGCUCUCGGUUGCUCUGUCCUCUCAGUUAACGAGCAAGGUCGUCGCUGUGCUCUAAAGCCCACGCUUUUUUACAUGCCUCAUUGCGAGGCUGAGUUGUACGACAAUCUUCUGCAUGCCAACCAGGAGGCAGCCACCCUGAAGAAUUUAGUACUGUUUGGAAAUAGCUUCGAAACGUAUGAGGAACACGCAUCUGCAAUUAAAAAUUCGUCUAUAGUUCAUUCUGCGGGGCAUAUAUUGGCUCUUAAGAAAUUUACACGUGAGUACAAAAUCCAGAUUGUGUCUGAUGAUUCUUUUAAAGCCUUCCAUGAUUCAAGUUGGCAUUUUUUUCACCAGCGUGCGUGACGCAUAGCUGCUAUUUGUGUAACCCCCAUCAAUUAUUGUUGGUCAGCAUUGUGA